UUACUAUUUCUAAUGUGAAUCAUGGCCUUAAAUUCAAUCAUCUGAACUACUUUUCCUCUAACACCUCCCAUCGAACAUUGGCCGUCGAUUCCCCUCGUGUCCAUAAAACCUCAAGUGCGCCCGCCACUACACUAAAACUGCCCUCUAGUCCAGCGGGAAACGCUGUAUUUCUAAAAAUUUCCAGGAGGAGCAACGCGAAAUCCACACUACAGCCAAUGGUCUCCCUCACUCUCUCUCUCUCACUCACUCACUCUCUCUCUCUCUCUCUCUCUCUCUCUCUCUCUCUCUCUCUCGCAUGGGCGCUCUCACUCUCUGCCGUUGCAGUCUGCCUCUGACGACGCUUCUUUGAUUUCUUGAUCUCCUUCCUCAACAACUUCUUCUUCUUCACUCUCUCUCUCUCUCCCGCACUGAAAUCACAAUAGCCGACGUCUCCACCUUUUUCUUCCCGCUGUCCGAAGAUUCGUCUGUUCAGUUAAUCGUCGGUUUCUUCGGCUCCUCGCCGAACUCUGUUGCCGUCACCUCCAACUCCUCCGCCAUCCGCAAGUAGAAACAACCGUCUACGUACCUCAACCGUCGCUUCUUCUACUACAACUUCGGCUGCCUGCCUCAUCCUCGGCGCAACUCGAGAGAUCUCAUACUCACGGUCAGAUCCGAUUUCCAGCCUCAUCUUCUUUGGAUUCCUGCCAUUCCGCUAAACCUAGAUUACUUCGUUUGCAAUUGGAGGUCUGGUGAUCUCUCCUUUCAGUUUUUGAUACUCUUACUGCUUUUGAAACCAGACUGUUUGCGCUUUGCAUUGAGAAUUCGUGAUUUGUUUCUUGAUCGGGAGCAAAAGAUUUCGAAGAUUUAAGUUCAUCUGCGUUAAUGCACACUACGUGUUCGAUGGUUUGUCUGAAUGAGUCGAUCGAUUUUUCUGUACGGCCUUUCUUUCUGGAUGCCGAAAAGGUGUUGUUUGGGAGUUGACUAGGAGACGAAAAGCAAUUUUCAAUUGGGAAAUUUUCCUCUUCCGCUAAACGAUGUCGUUUCUUUAGGUUUUUCCCACAGCGUGGCUUUUUUUUUUCUUUUGUCGCCUAGUGCAACGGAACCUCCAAUAAGUUCCUUCCGGGCAAAGCUACUGCCGGUCUUGCCAUUUUUCAACCAUUUUUCAUUCCUUCCAUAUUUGUCUCUUCUGCAGUGAAGCGGAAAAACCCUAGCCAUGAACGACCGCUACAUCUCCAUCUCGGCCGGCGAAGAGUUCAGCCACAAGCGCAACUUCACGGUCGACUUCUUCGGCCACAGGAUCAUCACUACCGUCACUUCCACUCCCGCCGUGGCUCGCGAGUGGCUCUAUGGCUUGCUCCGGUUCCACCGCCCCCGUCGCUACAAGCUCGUGGUCGGGCUCGGCGUUCAGUGGCGCCCUCCGUACGCAAACACCGCAGCCACUCUCCAGCUCUGCAUCGGCACCCGAUGCCUGAUCUUCCAGCUGCUCCACGCCGACUUCGCACCGCGCAUUCUCGAGCGCGUUCUUGCCGACCCUACCAUCACUUUCGUCGGGGUUUGGAACCAGAACGACGCGCGGCUGCUGCAGAGCUCUCGGCACCAGCUUCAAGUGGCUAAGCUUCUUGAUCUGCGUUCCAUCGCUGCUGCAUCCAGGGGACUGAGCACGACUUCGUCCAUGGAGGCUUUGGCAGAGGGGGUUUUGGGCUAUUCUGGGGUUCAUAAGCCGAAUUGGGUUGGUACCAGUGAUUGGAAUGCUUAUCGCCUCUCUGAUGCCCAGGUUCAGUAUGCUUGUGUGGAUGCUUUUGUGAGUUUCUCUCUGGGUAAGGAAUUGGAGGCAUGGAACUGGAACUGAAGAGUUUGUUUGGGCGGGAAGAAGCUUUGGGUAAGUGCAUAGCUACACGACUAUCGUCCUUCAGUUCAGCUUUUGAUGUUAGUACUGAUUAAUCACCUUCUAUGUUUGGACAAUAGUGUUUCUGAUUACAUGGUUUACGGUCUGUAAUUGUUGCCAUUCAUGUGUCGAACAGUCAUGAAUGGCUUAUAUGAUUCUCAUAGGGUGUGGAUAUUAGGCCAGUUUUGAAUCCGAAAUUGGACAUAUGGUGGCUAGCCUCGUCAAGGGUACUUGUGCUUGAGGCUACAUAUGCUCUGAUUUGGGAUUUGCCUAUGCAUGGAUGAUGUAUCGGCCAAGUAAAUAGUAAAAGUGAAUCCACAUACUGAAUUGGAAAUGUGGGGUGUUGAUGACUAUUGGCACAUCCUAUAGCUCUUUUGCCCUUUUGGUCUGCUUUCAUUGUCCUUCCUUUUUAGAUAUUUGGUUUUGGUUCCUUUAUAUAAUGUUUUCCUGGUGUUAGUUUUUCUUGUUAUAUUUUCACCAGUGGAGUUGGUACACUACUGGCCAUCAAUUGUUAGUUUAUGCUUCCACAUGAUGUGUAAUAUUUGGAUGCAUGUGAGUUCCCCUAGAAUUUUCAUUUUUGUCUAGCGGAAUCUAUUCAGUGCUGGAUGAAUAGGGUAUGUGGAUUGUGUCCCGUGAAGGUAGGAAGUUGUUUGAGGAUAGAACUUGGUAUGAGCAAUCACCUAAGGUAUAGUUUGCUUGAAGAAAUCGUUUGGUUUCUGGGAUCAUGCAUGGCUGGUCCGGUGGGGGAAGAUUGUCACUGUUGAGUGUAUGUUUCCAUUCGGUUGUGAGGAAAAGGCAAAUGAAUGGAACUUCUUUGAAGAGUUGGUUAUGAACUAUGUUUUUUUUGUAGGGUUUAUAGACUUCAAUAGAUUAGUGGUGAUUAACUUAUUACUCAAUAGGCAUAAACCUCGGUAUGUUGUAGGUUUGUGUUGUGCUUACUGCACUCUUUGUUCUCUUUGUUGAUAUGAAAGGUUGAGAUUGAUUGAAUUAUUAGUCGAGAUGGACUGUAUAUUGGCUUGGAGUGUGUGUUUUCUUCUUCUUUAUUCUUUCAAAAAUGAAUGUAGGUCAAAUUGCUAUUGUUUAUUAAGUUGAUAGGGGUUUGUGAAUUCUGAACAACAUUAUAAUGUUUGUAGUAGGCUGACAUAUAUAUGUCUUUAAUUAUAAGUGUGAAUGUAACAAUAGGAAUUUGCCGUUAUUACUAUCAAUGUUAGCCUUGGGAGUUGGGAGGAGAGUUUGAUUUGAUCAUCAUCAGAAUCUGUUUAUGAGAAAUAAAAGGUUAGGCUAGAAUUUGUGGAGGAUGAGGGGUCUAGCUGGAAAGUAGAAUAUGGAGGACAUAUAUUAGAUAGUAUCUAUUUGCGGAUUCGAAUUUGAAUGUUACAACUUGAACUUGUGUUGGUGAUCUGGAGAUGGCUUAUUGUGUCUUCUUUUUAUUAAUGCGUUUAUUAGUUGUACUCCCUACGUUGCCUAUUGAAAAUCCUUUUAUUACUUAUUAGCCAAUCGCAUUACUAUUGUUGUUGCUAAUUUGUUUUCUAUUUUAAGUGAAUACACAUUUAUUUGGCACACAAAUUAUUGAACAUUGAAUUCUACAGGUUUCUUGGCGAAAACUUUGCCAACAAAACACUUUUUAUUUAAUUGGUUUGUUUAAUUAAAGUCCUCUAUGCAACUGUAGGUUUGAAUCAUGAUUGAUGGGUGAUGAUUAUAUGAUUGGAAUGCUAUUCAUAGUGAAAUUAAUUAUACAGUUGAUGGGUGUCAUUAUUAUUGCGUACACACAAAAAGUGUCUCAAUUAGAGCUUGCUUAUUACGCCAUGCAUGAUCGAUGCAUGUUGGUUGGAUUCGUUGCAUAAGUCAAUUAAUGGACUUGUGAUCU